UUGAGCUAGUUGCAAAAUUGUAACCAUAUCCGGAUUGUCAACAGUAUUCCCUCAUCACAUUUUGUAUGAGAUGAACGAUGUCAGACAAUCACAGCAAUCAGAUAUAUUUAUCGAUUUGUAUUUAUCUGAAGGUUGUAUUUUCUUUUGCUUUAUAAAUUCAACAUUGAAUAUGGAUUUGAGGGAUCACUAGUAAUCAUGGAAGAGGCAAUGCCAGAGGGAAUGUUCCUUCCUAGGGAGCUUGAAUUACGUCCCUCUCAGACAGAUGAUAACAGGAUUGGCAUUUACUCAAAGUACACAAUCAAGAAAGGUGUAAAGUAUGGACCAUUUAAGGGAGUGAGAAAGAAAAUUGAAGAUGUUGUCAACUACACUUACUCGUGGGAGAUUGUCAGUCCGUCUCGUAAGCCAAUUUGUGUGAUUGAUGCUUCUGAUAUAACAAAGGCAAAUUGGCUGAGAUUUGUGAAAAGUGCAAGAUUCUACGAAGAACAAAAUAUGAUCGCAACUCAGUUGAAGAGGAACAUUUUCUACAAAGUUAUCAAGGAUAUCUAUCCUGGUGAUGAGUUAUUGUGUUGGUUCAACAAUUCCGGUGACGUAUCAUGCAACUGGCUUGAUGGUGGAAAUCGAAGUAAGGAAACCGAUGCAACUUUGAAUAAGAAUUCAAUCAAAGAAUUAAAAGACAUUAAAGAAUAUACACAGUCACCCGAACUUGAAGGCAAAACAAGUGACGUAAAGAGCUUAUCUCAUGUACCAAGAAAGUACAACAAAAGUUCAAAUGCAAAAUUGAAGAAGAGAAUGAUGGUUGACCGUGAGAUUAAUAAUAAGAAGUUAAAGAAACAAAUGAAGACUGAGAGAGAUUUAAUGGAAGUAAAUUCAAAUUUGUUGAAUGAAAAUGAAGACAGUAGCAGCAGUCUUGCAAGAAUCUGUGGUUCAAUUCAGAUCUCAAAUGUGGUGUCGUUGGCAGACUGUAGAGACCAUGAAGGGACGUCUGAAGCAGAGUCCACAAGGGAAUUUAUAGCAGGUCUUCAUGACUCAACAAUGCCUACUCUAAAAAAAUUGCAAAUCACAAAAGAUGAUAGUGAUUUACCAGACACUAGUCUUCAAUUACAACUGUCGCCACCUUUACUGUCUCCUGUCGUUAAAGACCAACUGAACGAUCAAGGCAUGUUUGAUAACAAAACAAAUGUUGAUUUGAAUAUUCAGACACCAGAUGUAUCAUCAACGAACGAUGUAAAGCAGACAGUACCAGUUCCUAACAAGAAUGUUGAUGUAUUUCAAAUUGGACCUGAAGAUCAAAUAAGGGAUAAACGUGGUCGUCCAUUUUACAAAUGUAAAGUAUGUGGGGGAAUCUUUUCUAAACAAGUUGGACUGAAGAUUCACUACAGAAAAAAUCAUUCAGCUCAGAAACACCAUGUAUACAAGAAACCAAUCAAAAUUGCUCAUCCCAGAGAAAAAAUACGCACACGCUCAGUUAGUGUUACAGAGGUGGUUACAAAAAGAAAGCGAGCUAUUGGAUUGUGGGAUAAACAAAAUCAAACACUACAAGGAGAUAAUGAAGCAACGCAACAAGAAGUUUUUGACCUAAGUUCAGAUUUAGAGGCAGGUACUGAAAUGAAGACAACCAAUAAUGAAAUUACCGUUUUCCGUCGAUCAGCCACUUUCACAUGUCCAUAUUGUGACAAACUGUUCCGUUAUCCUGGUUGGCUAGAGAGACAUGUCCUCCAACAUAAUGUGCCAUCAUCAAAACAGAUUAGUUGUCCAGAUUGUUCGCGUAAAUUUUUGUCAUAUAGUCACUUUAGGGCACACUUGCCUCUCCAUGGCAAAUCUGUACGAAAAAAAAUGAAAAAGAUUCCUGCUCCUAAAAAUAAUCCACAUAAUACUGUUGAUAAACAAUUAGGAAGAUCUUUUGAAGGGCAUAGAAGUCAACCAAGAACCAAGCCUAGAACCAAUAAACUAAAGAAAUUGCGAUGUGAAGUUUGUGGGAAAAAAUUUCAUUCACCUUCAAAUUGUAUCCGACAUAGAAGACUUGUCCACAAUAUCCGUAUAAAAAGAAGACGGAAAGCAAAUGGCCAACAAGAUUACUUUAUAGAUAAAAACCCUAUUAGCUCAGUGGCCAAAGAAUCACAGAACAGGGAUGGACCAUCGUCAAAAUCAGGACAGGCGCAAUCGAUGCAAACUAUUACUGCCAUUCCUGAAGACACCCCAUCAAUUGCUGCUAUCUUUGGACUUGCUUCAUCUGAUGUGCCUUCAUCAUCUGAAGGUGAGCAAAGGUCCGAGAUAUUUAGUACUGAAAAUCAAAGUGAGCAUUGGAUUGAUGAGGAUGUUACUUGCCCAGAAACAAUGGAAACCCACAACAAUGCUAAAACACACCACACAUUAUGUAAUGCAUUAUCUGAUGCUCAUGGUCUUCAGCAUCUAAGAGGAAAUAUUGAUACUCUGAAAGAAGAGACUAAAGAAAGUGUAUGUCAGGAUGUACAACUUCAGAUCCAAACAACUAAUCCUCUCCCACAUGAAAAUGUUCCUUCAGGCUCAUCAUGUGAUAGAGUUAUAUCAGCAAGAUCCAUCCAUUCACUCACUGAUUAUAAUAGUCAAGAAACUCCUAACAUUGAUCAAAAUAAUAAAGAAACUGACAGCAAUGAAACAUUCAAGUUUACAACAGAAGGGAGUUGCCUCCGGAACUAUCUCUCAAGAUCAAAUUUAUCAGAAGAAUCAAACAAAACUAGACCGGCUGAGAAGACAGCAUUGUGGCAACAGACAUGUGAACCAGCUCGAAGUAAUGUGCUUCAGAGAGUAUUAUCUAGCAAUUGUAAAUUACAUGGGCACAUGACUACAAGUAAAAAGGUUGUCACUUCUUCCCAAACAAGAUUCUAUAAUGCAGUUGCUGCUUCCCCAUGGUCACAAGUAAGCAUACCUCAACCUUAUGUACCACGGAAAAAAAAUGAUACAUUGUCUCAACCUGAUUCUCAGGUACUGAACUUAGCAGUGAAAAAUAGAAAGAGGACAUCAGAAAUGGUGUUAGAUCUAACAACCCAACAAAGUCUUAUCAGACCCUCAAACCCAGACCGACCACGAUGUUUGGUACACCCAAAAGGAAUUUCACAACAAUCAAUGCCUUUCCGAGCUAACCAUCCUCGUGAAGAAAAGCGAAAACUUCCGCCACCUUAUACUGCAACUCCCUUUAGCCAAAGGAUGUCUACAUCUCCUUUAAGACAGCAACAGACUUUAGUAGGCCAAAGUAAACAUGGAGUCAGACAACUCUCACCCUCUGCAAAGGUGAUCUUUCCUGGUAUGAAUCCAGAUGAAGUUCAUCCCCUAAAUUCUUCAGUGAGUAAGAUUGCAUCUAAUGUUCUUCCAAGUGAUGAUGCAAGCCACAGACAUGCACAUAGUAAUUUUCACACUAGCGUACAACAUGGAGUGCAACCUCAGUAUCAUUAUUCUGGUACAACUUCCAUACCAAAUCCAUCAAAUAUUCCAAUUGAUCUGAUUACAAAUAAGUUGUAUGGAAAUGUAAGGCAAUCCGCACCAGAAAUCAGACCAAAGUCUCAUAUGACAAGUUCACCACCUCCAAUGCCAGCUCAAAACCAAAGUAUUAAUUGCUUUCAGUCACCAAGGGUUGCACAUCAAUCUGUUGUGGUACCGAUGGUACCAAAUAUGCAUCUGCCACAUGAGAUGCCCAAAAAUUCCCAACCCAAGACAGUCAAGGAGAUUUUAGAGGUGCGGGCAGCUUCAAAAAAGAAUGCAAGAGAUAUUCUACAAAAUGAACCAGCAUUUGUUAAAACACAUAAUCCUCAGUUUAGGACACCCGUAUGCAUCUCAUCACAUCCUGACCAAUCCCCUUCCAGUCAGUCAAUUUCAAAUGUGUUUGAGAAUCAACCACAAAACUUAUCAAUGGCAUCAUUUGCAGAUAACCAAGCAAAGUUAUCAUCGACACCAUCAGAAAACUUCAAGAAGCAAACUCAAUCGCUUACACUUUUUGGAGACACACCAACAAAAACUAUUAGCACCUUCAAAUGCAACGUUUGUGAGGCCCCAUUUAACUCGAUGAAAGACCUGACCCAACACGUAAUAAUUCAUGCUGAAGAUUAUAACUACAAAUGUGAGUUCUGCAUUAGACUUUUCAAGGAUCCUAAAGAUCUUGUUGAGCACAGAUCAACAUUGCAUAGAGUUGGGAAAAUGUAUGCAUGCUCAGUUUGUCAACGCGAAUUUGCUUACCUGUCAAAUUUACAGACUCACCAACGAGACUGCCAUGCUAAUGCUCAAUGUACUUAUACAGAGCUUGGGCCAGAUGAACUGCGUCCCAUUAACUUCACUGUACCUGUCCAAGCAAUGCCGCCCAAUAGAGAUCACCAAUUUGUUCCCAAAAGCAGAAUAUCACAAAUAUCAGAUGAUAUGAAAAAGAAUUCUCCAUCAAAAUUUCGGAACACAAGUCCAAUGAUGAGUCAUAGCAAGCAGCUCGCAAACUCUCAAACUUUGAAAAAUCAGAGUCCGAGAAAAUCAGCUCCGGUGAAUCCUCAGCGUCACCAUCCAUUUGCUCAUCACCGAAAGCUUGGCUUCCUGAACAUGAUGACCAAUCAGAGAUAUGAAACUGUUAGACAUGAUACUAUGAAUACUUGCACUAAGUGUUCUCUUGUAUUCCUUGAUAAACUAGAAUUUCACAAACAUAUCAUGGAAUGUGCAACUGUAACUACACCACUUCAGAACUCAAAACGUAUGCCAGUUGGUCACAAUUAUAAAAAAGUAUCCGGAUAUGAAGAGGUAAAGCAGCAGUCUGCCAUGCCUACAGACUUAAAAGCCGAUGAGGAGAUGAGACAAAUGAAAUCAAUAUCAAAACAAUAUGAUCCAAAUAAACAUGCGAGAAGGAAAUCUCUGCCAGAAGUUAAUGAUAUUCACAAAUGUUUUGGAUGUGGUAAAUUAUUUAGCGUUGUUGCUUGGUUGGAAAGGCACAAGAAAAAAUGUCCUAACCAGGAGAAAAUACUUGAAGUAAGUGAUACUGCAAGUGAAGUGACACCAAGCUCAUGUAGCCAGCAAAACCUACUCAAAGAACAACAUGCCUGCCCAUUCUGCAAGAGGAACUUCUGCUAUUUAAAAAGUCUAAAAAAGCAUGCCCUCAUUUGUCCACAAAGGGUGGAUGAAGGGAUUGAUCCUCUGCAGUUGAUUGAGGAUGCUCAGAGAAAAUUACAGGAAACUAAACUGAAAGAAGUUUCGUUUCGGAAGUCUAUGCACAACCCUUUCAAUAAAGUAUUUAAGGUUGGUUCAGGUCAGGGAGUGGUACAAGCCGAUAAAAGUUCAACACCAGAAACCAGCCCUAUUACAUGCAAGAUUCGCAUUAAGAAAAGAAUGAACUAUGGGCAGAAAACUGAUUAUGUUAUAGACAAUGAUGAUAAGGCUCCAACCAUAUGUGUCACUGACACUACCAUUGGUGAAACCGACGAACCAAAUCCAGAUAAAAGUCAUGCACAUGAUGCUGUAGACAUGACUCUCGAGGCAACACAUGCAGAAGCGUUAGAAUGUGAGAAUGAUAAGGUUGAAGCAGUUAUUCCAGAAUUUGACACACAUGUUGAGUCUGAAAUUGAAGAGACUUCAAAUUGUCUGGUCAUGGAUUUACAGUAGGAUAAAACUAACAGUUUUUGAGCUUACUGAUGCAUAAAAUAUUAUUUUUACAUUUCUAUUUUUUGUUUUAAUUUUUUAUCUGCUUAAUUAUUGUAUGAUAGAUUCUGGAACCUGAUGUCUUAUGUCUUAUGUAUAAUAUUUCAUUACAUUAACUUUUAUCUUUACUUGGGUGUUGGGUAUUAUUUAAUAAAUCUGAAAUUAAGGUGCCAAAAAAUACAUUACUUUACCCAUAUUAAUAUUAACAAAAUAAUUAAGAAUUUAAUUUGAGUUCUAUUUUUUUUUUCAAUUGUAAAAAAAAAAACAGCAUGAUAAACCUGCUUAUUAGAACAGUUAUCAAAAAUAUGUAUUAAUUUCAUUUCAUUAAUUAAAAUAAUUGCACAAAUUUGAAGAAAGUAAUUAGAACUAUGGUCUCUCCAUGUGAUUAAAAAAACUAAUUAUCAUGUUGCUGACCGAAAAUUGUGUAAAUACAUUUUUGUGCGUGCAGUGCCGCGCUUUGUAAUUCUUUAGCUAUUAUGUUAUUUUGAAAAGUAUUUUGAUAUUUAAAAAGGAGUUAAGUUUAUGAAUUGCUGCCUACUGUUAAUUUGUAGAGGUUAAACAAUUUAGAUUUAAAGUUAUGCCUAUUUUAGCAGAUUGCUUUCUUUCUACUCAGCAUUACAUUGUACAAAACCAUAAUCAUAUUCCCAUGCAAUUGAAUGAGUACAUUUCAUUUCAAUUACUUAUUCGAUUCAAAGAACUAAUGCCUUGGAAUACCUUAAGAAAAGAAAUCACCAUGACAGGAAGUCUAGACCCCGUUUUUGUGAACCAUGUCACAAACCAAACAACUUCGCCUCCUUAUACUCACAAUAUCUCUUUCAUUAGACCUGAGGCUCCUUCACUUAUGGUUCUGAACCGGCUUCCAAAAUGGAACUCAUAUUUCUCCAAACUAGUGAACAGAAACUCAAUAUUUUGGAUGCAUAGUACAUUUGUUGUUAAUUGAAAGUUGUUGUAAACUUAAGUUGUAUUUAAAGAGGUCUAGUAUUAUGUUUAUACAAACAUGACACUUUACUUCAGCAAAUGCACUGUUAUACAUUACUGUAUUGAGGUUACUAAAUGGCUUUUGGCUAAUUUUUGUAGUUCUAUCUAUAAUAAUGGUUAUAACAUUCCAGUACAAUAUGUAAAAUAUGACAGUUAAAGAAAACUUGUGAUCACGAUUAAAAAUAUUAAUUAUCAUUA